AUGGAUGAGCUAAAUAUGGCCAUCGGAGUAAUGAAAAAUAGGAAAGCAGCGGGCAUCGAAAGAGUCAUGACAGAACAGAUCAAUAUUCCAACAGAAUGGUUCAAAUCACAUGUUUUGGCAUUAUUGAAGCCUGGAAAAGCUCCUACAAAUGCAAAUAACUUUAGACUCGUAUCAUUAUUAUGUCAUACAUAUAAAAUGUUUGAGAGAAUGGUACUGAAUAGAAUAAACCACAAGAUAGAUGGGAAGCUUAAUCAGCAACAAGCUGGCUUUAGAGCUGGUAAGUCAUGCACAGGGCAAAUACUCAACCUUGUUGAAGAAAUAGAGAAAGGUUAUGAGAAUAAUGUAAUAACAGUUUUUUUGUAUCACUGUAGACCAAAAGUAGCAGAUGAAGAAUACAAAACAAUGGAUUACCUCAAGGAAGUGUUUUAG